AUGGAUUUUACUUUACAGAUUAACAAUAUUCGUCUUCAAGUUGGAGAAGAAGCUUAUAUCCUCCCAGGCACACGAGUGGUGAUCAAGUGUCCCGUCAAGCAUUACCCCACCGCAAACAUUGUUUGGAAACACUUCCAACGCGGUGAAUUCCUCUACCAGGGACGCAGCCAGGCGGACAUAUACGUGACCAAGAGUGGCCGUCUGGUCAUCCGCCGUUUUACUGCUGCCGACAAGGGUGAAUGGCAGUGCUACGCUGGUGAGAAGAGUGCGGGUAUUACCCUGCACUAUAAUCAGCCGUCUACCGGCUACUACGAGUGGGAACGCAGAAACCUGAUGCGCAACACGGACAUGCUCAACGAGGACCCGGCGGCGAUCAUGACUAAACAGGUUCAUGUGCAGUGGGUUGAAGGUCCGUGGUCCAACUGUUCUGUACCCUGUGGCGGUCCGGGCGUACAAACACGUACGGUGCACUGCGAACAGAGGGACAGCGGUUUGUACCGCAUACUCGAUGACGCCGAAUGUAGACGACGACUGCUGUCUAAGCCGAAGACGACGCGAACGUGCAUUAACUUACCUAAGUGCCCCUCAUGGACGUUCAAGAACGUGGACUACUCUGUGUGUACAAAUCGAUGUGAGGGUAUUGGUAAAGGAACCUGGAAAGGAAGAAUGAUAUGCACUCUCGGCGACAGAGAGCUCCCGGACUACCACUGUAGUUCCAUGAGUAAACCCAACAUUUCCUGCGCGAACCCGAUUUGCCAAGUCAGAUGGGAGGUUGACGACUGGUCUGCUUGCUCUAAACCCUGCGGUGGGACGGGCUACCAAUACCGUGAACACAGAUGCGUUUGGGUCCAUUCCGGGGAGCCUGCAGGAGCACUCUGCUAUGAAGAGAAUCUACCGGUCCCGGAAUCUAUAAGAACAUGCACAACAAAGCCGUGCAAGCUGAGUAAGCUCCCCUAA